GUCGCUGCUGAAGAGUGUGAUACAGUUGUUUAUUUUCAGAUUCUUGUGAACAUUGGCAACGAAGAAGAGGAUGUUGCCAGGGUUUAUGAGGCUAUGCAACAUGCUCAGCGUAUUUUCGAUGAAAUUAGGCAAAAUCCAACGAAAGGAUAUCUCACGUACAAAACGGAAACAAAUUCGGAUGGGACUACUUUUGAAGCAUAUCAGGAAUUUCAUCCAUUCAAAUUUUCACAACUUAACGACAAGCAGUGCAAAGAAUUUGACUCAUUCUCGGAUUGUGUCGAUGAAUUUUUCUCGAAAAUGGAAUCGCAAAAAAUCGAAACAAAAGCGUUGAAUGCGGAACGUGACGCUCUCAAAAAACUCGAUAAUAUCAUCAAAGAUCAAAAGGAUCGAAUCGCAGCAUUGGAGCUGGCGCAAAGCGAAAAGGAAGAAAUAGCUGAACUGAUUGAAUUGAACAGUGAUUUAGUAGAGAAAGCUUUGCUGGUUGUUCGAAAAAUAAUCGCCAGUCAGGUUAUCUUUUUUGAACUUGAAAUACCAUAA